CAACCACUCGGCGUAUAUUGGUGCAUGUGCAGUCGCAUGCGGGACCUGUUAUGAAGCUCUAUCUUUGGGACCAAGCUGCUGUGGAUUUCUGCAAGAAGUUCAAGUCUUCUGACAACACUCCCUUUGUGAUUUUGGUGACUACUGUUUACCCCAAACGUUUAGGAGGCACACUUGCUCUCACAUCCAUGACCUCCUCACGGGUCUUUUUGACUACAAGGUCCAACCAACUAAAGAGUAUAUCGGCUGUUGGGAAGAAAACCAUAUAUUGCCAAGCAGGUCAAUGCAGAUGUGGUUACAAAAACUGAGACAUUGACUAUUGAAGAAAUAUUCUCCUACAUGAAGCAGGGAGCUGUGAAGGAUGCUUUCUUUGUGUGCACUGCGACAAUCGAUGAUGUUGUCCACGACUCUCCUUGGUAUUAUAUAGCAUGCGGUGGGUGCAAAACAAAGGCAACCAAAGGGCCAACCUCCCUUAUGUGCGCGAAAUGUGGCAAGAACGAUGUUGCCGGUGAACCACAAUACCUAGCUAAGAUUUAUGUUUAUGAUAAGAGUGAUGAGGCUGUUUUUGUUCUCCUUGGCGAUGCCGGUCGUGAGCUAACAGGGAAGCAUGCGUCGGAGUUGGUUAGCAAUUAUUUUGAGGCCAAUGGAAAUAAAGAAAAUGGAUUCUGAGGUGCCCGUUCCGCAAGUUUUGCUCAACACCAUAGGGCAAACACACAAGUUCAAUGUAAAGGUGUCUGAGCACAAUUUUUCAGGCAGGACGCGGGUAAUAACCGUGACGAAUGUCCUGUCCCCAUCUGCUCCACCAUCUACACAAGAUCCAGUUGCUGAUCAAAUUAGUGGCUCUGGUAAUGGAACACUUGCGACUGGGUAUGACGUUAUUGAGCCAUCCAAAAGCCCUCAAGAUUCUGAAGAGGUAGGGCUGAAAAGGAUGGGUGAUGGUGUUGAGAUAGGCAACGCUAAACGUUCUAAAGAUGUGAACUAAUAUGCCUCUCAUCGUGGCAAAGAAUGCAACUUUUACUACACUUAUCUGUUUUAGCUUUCCAGUUUUUUUUUGCUUUUGUUUGACUCUUUCUCCUAUUUCUGCUUAUUUCAUACUUUUGAAUCUAUUUUGGAAACAAUUUUUUUUUUUAAGUAUGGUACUAACUUUUUUUGAAUCAGCAUGAGUUUCACGUUAAAA